AUGAAUGGGUGCGGAAUGAAACCCGGGGAUACUGUGGCUCGGCGGAUUGUGGAAGCUGUCCUGUGUGGGCCACGGGGGCCACUCGCACCCCCCCUGGUGCUGGGUGAAGGGCAGGGUGUGGACAGAAGCAAGGUCCUGGUGUGGGCCGUGGGCAGCAGCGAGCUCUGCUCGUGGAGACCCCACCCCCUCGGGUCCGGAGAUGCAGUCAGACCAGCCGGCAUCUCCACCACGGAGAUCAGGCCCUCCCCGCGGCCCUGGGGCCCUGCACGCCUGGCAGCAGAUCCAUGGUCCACCCGAGAGACAGGGAGGCCCCUCCGGUCCCGAUCCUCUCAGAGAGAUGACAGGCCACCUGGCGGGACACCCCGUAAGCACAGCGGCCUGCCGCUCCAGGCGGAGAUGGAGUGUGUGGCCACAGGUCCAGCCUCCCCGGUCCCUCCCGAGGGGGCCGUCUGCUCCGACGUGCUGUCCACAGUCGCAGCUGGCGAUGGGACUAGGGCCCCGCCCGGCCCCGUCACUCUCUGCUGGACGCGGGAGGAACGUGGCUGCCCGGAACACCCGGCCCCUGCUUCCCCGGAGGGUCAGGCCCCGCCUGCCGUGUGCACACCGGCCCUGCAAAGGUCACACUCGGCCUCCAGGUGCAAACGGGACGCCCCUCCCACCAAGGGGUGGGGCCCCGGGGCCGUCCUGAGAAGGAGGACGCUGGAGCCCCUCUAUGCUGUGACCCCGGGCGGCAGGCUGCUCAGCCCCUCUCGGUCCUCACGGCGUCUCCUGGAAGGACAUGCCCUCCUGCCCUGCCUCCCAGAGCGGUGGCGAGCCUCGGGGGUGACCAGGCUGCUUCCGCCGGGAGGUCUCCACCACUUUGCUUCUGACCACCAGCUGGCUGGGGUCUCCCACCCUCACCCUGCCCCUGCCCAAGGACCCUCGCCUGGCAUCCUAGCCUCUCUGAGUCUCUCCAAUGGGGACAGGGAGGCGCCCUUUGUCCCCUCACCUGAGGACCGGGAGCAGGCUGGGUUUAUGGCUGCGGGCCUGGUGCACAGGGCCGGGGUCGGGGGGGAGGUGCUCCGGGGCAGUAGGGGACGAGCCCCCAGCUCCCCUCACCACUCUGCCCUUGUGAGCUGUGCGCGCACCUUACUCGGCCGCCCUGAGCCUCAGUUUCUUCUCCUGAGAACUGGGGCCAGCGACGGUGCCAACCUCACAGGACCCGGGGGGGAGCCAGGGAGGCUGGUCCACGGACGUGCCCAGCCGGGGCUCUCACAUAGGGGAGGCUCGUCAUCAGCAUCGGCACACGCUGACCGGUCCUGGGUUCCCACCCGCCCCCGAGGCACCGAUGGGCCCCCAGAUGCCCCUGCCGCCCGGCGUCCAUGCUGUCAAGACUGCCCGGCGUCCCUCUCCCGGAAUUCUCCCCUGUGGUCCAACCUUGAGCCCACGCUCAGCAGCGCCACCUCUCAGGAGCCUUCCCUGAACCCCUGCUGA